AUGAAUUUGAAUUUGGAAGCGGUUGUCGAUUGGGCAGGUAGGGGGCGCGGCCGUCGCGCUAGUUUCGCGGCGGCGGCGCGCGCGCCCCCCAGUGCGAGCGCCGCCUCUGCGGCGCAGCAGGCGAGCGCGAGCGCGCUGCGCAAGCAGAGCUACUCGCUCUUCCUCAAGCAGCGGGCCGUGCUCUUCUCCGCCAAGAAGUGGAAA